GAAUGAAUUGUGUGCGUGAGGUAAAACAUCAAACGUUACAGUGUGGCGGUGAGUCUACGUCACUUCAUACUCAUUCGUUUUCCGUUUAUUAGCACUCAAACCGCACCUCUUCUCCCUCGUCUCUUCUCUUCUUCGUCGGUGGGGUUGGGUUUUGAGAUCCAAACCUCUUCCCAAUGAAGAACCUCUUCUCUUCCUCUUCCUCCUUCUUCUGCCUCCUCCUCACCGCCUUCGCCGCGUUCUCCGCCGUCAGAUCUGACUCCUCAGAUCACCGCUACAAACAAGGCGACGUCGUCCCUCUCUACGCCAACAAAGUUGGCCCCUUCCACAACCCUAGCGAAACCUACCGUUAUUUCGACCUUCCUUUCUGUCCUCCAGGUGAUUUGAAAGAAAAAAAGGAGGCGCUUGGGGAGGUGCUGAAUGGGGACCGUUUGGUUAGCGCGCCAUACGUUUUAGAAUUUCAACGGGACAAGGAGUCGGUUCCUGUUUGCAACACUAAGCUUUCGAAAGAGGAUGUGGCGAGGUUCAGAUCUGCUGUCCGUAAGGACUACUACUUCCAGAUGUACUAUGACGACCUUCCGAUUUGGGGGUUCAUUGGGAAGGUGGACAAGGAGGGGAAGGACCCUAGUGACUAUAGGUAUUACCUGUAUAAGCACAUUCACUUUGAUGUGUUCUACAACAAGGACAGGGUCAUCGAGAUCAAUGUACGCACUGAUCCCAAUGCCCUCGUGGAUCUCACUGAGGAUGCUGAGGUGAAUGCCGAGUUUCUGUAUACGGUGAAGUGGAAGGAGACCAACACGCCCUUUGAGAAGAGGAUGGAUAAGUACUCACAGUCGUCAUCGCUCCCUCAUCAUUUGGAAAUCCACUGGUUCUCAAUUAUCAACUCAUGUGUCACGGUGCUACUCUUGACUGGGUUCCUCACCACCAUUUUGAUGAGGGUGCUCAAGAACGAUUUUGUCAAGUAUGCACAUGAUGAGGAGACUGCGGAGGAUCAGGAAGAGACUGGCUGGAAAUAUAUCCACGGGGAUGUGUUUAGGUUUCCCAAGUUUAAGUCUGUAUUCGCAGCUGCGCUUGGAUCUGGCACUCAGUUGUUUACCCUUACUGUGUUCAUAUUCAUAUUGGCACUUGUUGGCGUGUUUUAUCCAUACAAUCGAGGGGCGUUAUUUACUGCACUCGUUGUCAUAUAUGCACUUACUUCCGGGAUUGCUGGGUAUACCGCAACUUCAUUUUAUUGUCAGCUGGAAGGAACAAACUGGGUUAGGAAUCUGCUGUUGACUGGAUGCCUUUUCUGUGGUCCUCUGUUUCUGACGUUCUGCUUUUUGAACACUGUUGCAAUUGCUUACAAUGCUACUGCUGCCCUCCCAUUUGGAACAAUUGUGGUUAUAGUUCUCAUAUGGACACUUGUUACAUCUCCUUUGCUUGUAUUGGGAGGAAUUGCUGGCAAGAACAGCAAGGCUGAAUUUCAAGCUCCUGUUCGCACAACUAAAUAUCCAAGGGAGAUUCCACCUCUGCCAUGGUAUCGUGGAUCAGUUCCUCAGAUGGCGAUGGCAGGAUUUUUGCCUUUUAGUGCUAUAUACAUUGAACUUUACUAUAUAUUUGCCAGUGUUUGGGGCCACAGAAUUUAUACCAUCUACAGCAUCUUGUUCAUUGUCUUCAUCAUUCUCUUGAUUGUUACUGCUUUCAUUACUGUGGCAUUGACAUACUUUCAGCUUGCUGCUGAGGAUCACGAGUGGUGGUGGAGAUCAUUCCUAUGUGGUGGUUCAACUGGGUUAUUUAUCUAUGCCUACUGUCUGUAUUACUACUACGCACGCUCCGACAUGUCUGGAUUCAUGCAGACCUCAUUUUUUUUCGGAUACAUGGCCUGCAUAUGCUAUGGUUUCUUCUUGAUGCUGGGAACUGUAGGAUUCCGUGCUGCAUUGCUCUUUGUCCGCCACAUUUAUCGAUCCAUCAAGUGUGAGUAGGCAUUUUGUCCUCUCGAGUCCACUAGAGCUAUUGUCUUCAUUUCAUAGGGCAUUCUGUAGAAAAUUAUAGUAAUUUUGCAGUUCUUUUGUGUACUAUAAGGGAAGCUGGGUUGUGGGGGGUUUCUAGCUUCCAGAGCAACUUGUUAGAUGGCAAAGGGGUCUUUUGGGGAUAACGUCUGUGUACUACCAUAUCUUUAACCAAACUAUUGCAAUACUUUUUGGUCCUUUUGAACGAACGUUCUUCAAAUUUUAAGUUUUCCAUAGAGAUUAUGGUCAA